GUGUCAGGUAAGCGCACCUUCUCUUCCUACAACUACUAAUGCUUCGAUAUGGUGUCUUGUGGUCCGCAGCUUUGUGUCUUGAUGUGUUGUGUUCAAGGAGUUUGGAAUUGGAUCACAGUGCCGAAAAAAGGGUGGUCGCUCCCUUUCUUCUAGAGUGAAUCAAAACGGCACAUGAGUUAAAAGACAAACUCAAAGAGACUGUUGGAAAAGAUUUGGUAUGGAAAAAGGGAUGACGAAAUGCAAAGUCAAGUCAAAUGGAGAACAAAAAGGCUUAAAAUCAUUGCCAUUUUCUAAACUCAAUUUAGGUUUUAUUUUGGGCUUUGUAGUUGCAGUCCACUGCCUAGGGGUGAAGUUGGUAGGUCCUUUACGCCAGAUCAUGGGUGAACCUCAGUUGUGGGCCUGAGGUCCACUGGUGUUCUGAUACAACACUAGGCACAGCGAUUCAUCAGAACAAGUGCUGAAACGAUGAGUACCUCCACCUGCUGGCGGAACUGGUGCAUUUGCUUUUUAUUCGGAAAAGACGAGACGUGAAGGAGCAGGCAGCUAUAAGGUGGUAUUGCUACCGCAGGAGAAAAGUGUAAAGGAGAAAUCAGAUGGCGAAGAUGGCAGUUGUACCGAUUUGAAAACGCUGAGCGUCUCCUGAGAGAGCGCAUCGCGGAUCAGAAUGUUAUGGCGUCGAAGGAAUCUUAACGUUGAUGAUAUUAAUGCUAAUCUUUAGAUUUAGAUGAAAUCCAAAUGCCGAAAAUCUCUAAAAGUAAAAAUAUCGAUCGAAAGGAGGCUAACUCUAAAGAAUCUAAAGAUGUACUUUGUUUCUAAAAUAAAUAUCUUCUAAAUCUGAAAAAUCUUAGUGUAUGCACAUCGAAAUCGAAGUCUAGUAGUGAGAGUCUCUGUCUCAAAAAUGCAACUCUCCCUACUUUCUAAUAUCGCGUGUGGCUUUCAUCGGGUUCAUCAUCCUUUCGGCGCAUUGUCUUCUACUGGGUUCUGGAAUCAGCCGUGAGGAGGAGAGGCAGGUCAUCUUCGAUUGGUAUGGAGACGACAGCAUUGACGACGAUGAUGCGGAGGUGGAUGGGACUGCGUUUUUGGAAGUGGGAACUUCGUUGGCUUCGGGUUCAUCCCAGCGCCGUGCUACAUCUAGAAGACCGGAGAUGGCGGCGAAAGCACCUGGUACAUCUCUAUACCACGGACAAGUAGUCGGUCGACGUGGCCGACCUGCUGCCUCAUCAGCAGGACAACGCGUAAAAUCAGCAUAUUCUCAGCUACAACCACCAGGAGCUGCUAGGGGACAGCAAGUUGUUGCGCCAAACACACGCUUUGCGGCAGGAGGUACAGGGCGCGCUUCGCCAACAGGAGACAACGCAGGAAAAGGAUAUUAUGCUGCGGCACAUGGUGGCACUACCGCGCCGAAGAUAUUCCUAGUCCUAGACAAAGUGCUGCCAGAAGCAGAACUAAGCUUCAUAUGCGUGAAACCGUUGCCAGCGUCACAGCGGCCAAGCAGUCUGUCCCUCUGGGAAUUCGGAAAAUCGGACUUUCGGCUCUUGCAAUUUGGUGUCACAGGCACCAAGCAAACGCGCAAGGUUGACCCCGUAGCUGACAUGUUCGAGAAGGUUACGCUGAUGCUAAAAUAUGAUGCAUCUUCUAGCGCUGAAGAGGCCACAAUGAUCCGCGACAACAUCAAAGCCGAUCUGGCUUCGCGUCCCGACGAGGAAAUUUACGAUUUGAUGAAGUUUACUUAGAAUGUUGUAACUGGUGUGAGAAAAACAAGAUGAAUGCAGCAUGCUUCGCACGAUUGUCAAUGUGAUUCUUCUAAUUUCCGAAUGACUUGCGCGAGCUUGUCGACGCCGCCAUUGAUAUGAUUGAGAUGACUGGGGACCGGGUACAGGAGGCGCAAAUGGCUGGCACCUCUCCCUCGUUGCGAAAAGCAGUUCAGACUCAGUCUGUAUACUCCGCACUCAUGGAGCUUGCGAUCGAAGCCGGUAGGAAUGUUAUGGAGCAUCCUCGUGACAAGUGCUAGGGAUAGAAUUCCAAUUCUACUUGCAUUACGAUAUAUGUUUUAGGGCUGCACGCCCCCCCCCCCGCCCUGUGGUAUGGUCUGUGGCGGCGCUCGCGCGCUCUUUUCCGCGCUAAUUUUCGCGGGUUCUAGUGGUGGAGGGCGUCAUGACUGGCCGCGGGCGUCCCCUUGCGCCUCUCCGCAUGUCCCUCAGGAGCCUCCUGGGCUCUGCUGGCCCUCGCAGGCUGGAGGCCUCCGGGGUAAAAGGCCCCCGAAGGCGGCCACGGUCUCAAGAGCAAGCAAGCCGAUGACCAAGGGCCCGGAGGGGACAGGCCGCGCGGCUCAGGGGGUCCAGCCCCUCGCCUUUUGCCGCCUUCGGAGGCCUUCCCAAGCCGGCGCACUGCUGCGGCGGCGGAGCAUAUUGGCGGGAUGUAUGGCACAGGCAGGCAGCUGGAAGGGAGCGGAGGCGGCCCCUUGGGUCCCUUCUGAAGCCUUCAAGGUACAGCCAGGCAGCUGCAAGGGAGCGGGGCAGGCCCGUUGGGCCCGUUUUGGGGCCUUCCAUUCCCGGCAGACGGCUCUUGGAAGGGUCGGCGGCUACCGGGACCCCCCCCCCAUGCGCUAGAGGGGGGGGGGGCGCCGUGGGACUUACGUCUUACGGAACGCCGUAGAGCUCGCUGUUCGUGACGCGUGACGCCCACCGCGUGACGCCGAGAGCCUCGGGAAGGGGACGGGGCCUCUGUGCUCAAUUUCAAGCGUGGCGCAGCACGCAACCAACUUGCGCGAUGUGCUUCACGUGUCACGCGGCGGCGCGUGGUCCGUGGGUCUUUGCUCGAUGCGUGGGCCUUUGCUCGAUCUGUGGGCCUUUGAUCGAUCCGCGGGCUUUUGGUCGAUCCGCGGGGUCUUGAUCGAUCCGCGGAGCCUUGGCCAAUACGUGGAUCCUUGGGCGAUCCGUGAGUCUUUGAUUGAUCUGGGGGCCCUUGGUCGAUCCGUGGGUCUUUCAUCGAUCCGCGGGCCCUUGAUCCAUCCGGGGAGCCUUGGCCGAUCCGUGGGCCUUUGAUCGAUCCGCGGGUGGUCCUUGAUCGAUCCGGGGAUCUCUGCGCACUCCCCGGAUCACUGACCAACCCCCCGGCCACUGAUCAAUCCCCGGGUCACUGGUCGACCCGUGGGUCUUUGAUCAAUCCCCGGACCACUGACCAGUCCGCGGAUCCCUGGCUGAGCGAUCCGUGGGUCUUUGAUCAGUCCGCGGGUCACUGAUCAAUCUGCGGCUCACUGAUCAAUCCGCGGAUCACUGAUCAAUCCGCGGGUCACCGAUCAAGCCGCGAAUCACUGACCAAGCCACGGGCCCCCGAUCGCUCCGCGGACCAAUGAUCGACCCCCAGAUCGCUGAUCGAUCCGUGGGUCGCGCGUCACGCGUCACGCAUCAAAGAGGAGCAAGAAGGUAACCAUUUUAAUAGGGGGGCCACGAGGUGGGACUAAUGUGGACAGCUCUGCGGCGUUCGGUCCACCUUUCGGGGGGGCGCCGUAGCCUCGAGCCCUGGGCCGAAUGUUCAUAACAAAACAAGAACUAUUGCUUAUAGUUCGCUGGGUGUUAACCAUUUCCGUCACCGCAGCUAUCUGAAUACCCAGGCCCAGGAACUCGCAAGAGUGCAUACGGGAGUUCAUGUUGAGUACAGUUGCGUCUUAUCUCCUUCUAAAACGCCAGCGAAAGCAGCAGAAAGAGCUCUUAGAGAACGGGGUCCAGAACUUAGCACGGAACGAGGCUCUUUUGUGAACGGCGGCCAGACGGACAUUGACGCUGCGAAUGAAAAACUCAUGGACGUCGAGCGAAUCGGUAAAAUGAUUUUGCUCUCUAGGUUCGUUUGGAAGAAGGGAGGGUUCAGUGUGCUGGAAAUCAACAAUGAAGCGAUGAAGAAGAUCAUUAAACGUAUUUUUCCAACUCAACAACAACUAGAAGCUGAGCUCGAGCAGGGCAAAAUAGCAUUAUCUGCUAAGAAGAAGAACGCCUAGGCGUCACCUUUAUCAUGAUCAUGAUGACACAACAAGAAGAAAUGCACAAUGAAUUCGGACCAUCUUACAUCUGUAGGAAAUCUCAAUCCCGGGAGCUUUACACACAUUACAAUAAGUGCUAUGCAGUAUUUUUUCCUUUCAGAUUUGUAAACGUCACAAAAUUUAAUCGCUAUAUACUAAAUAGCUUUAGCUUGACUUUGAUAGCAUAAAACAACGACUGCCAGCAAUUCCACAGCGAUCGUGACACGCAGAGCAGAUCAUACACGCGGACAGCUGCGUACAGAUGUUGAUACUGAAACAACACAGUCGGUACCGCCUCAGAGCAAAACUACAAACAUGAG